AUGCCUCGGCCUAUUAUGGUCCCCGUGAAAUCCAUCCCUAGGGCCCGACUGGCUUCCUCGGACCCCGAUCCCAAUACUCUCGCCGGGGAAAUCACCUUCGAUCCCAACCAUUCCAUCUCGAUCACUCCCUCCACCGAGGAUAACAGCACGGGGGACCCCCUGGCCCUCCCUGCCCUAACACAUCCCCACAUCCACCUCGACAAAGCCUUUGUGCAUAGCGCCCUCCCCUCUGGAUCGCAUCUCCCCUCCACCGGCUCAUUCCAAGAAGCCCUGUCCCUGACCGCGCAAGCAAAGGCCCAGUUCCGUCGCGCAGACCUGUUGCGACGCGGCGAAUGGUUGCUCGCCGAGUCCAUCGCCUCGGGUGUCACGGCCAUGAGAGCUUUCGUGGAAGUUGAUCAGACGGUGGGGCUGGCCUGUCUGGACGCCGGGAAGGAGUUGCAAACGCGCUGGGAAGAAUUCUGUCGGAUCCAGCUAGUCUGCUUCGCCCAGGAUCCGAUCUUCUCUGGCGAGGUCGGCGACGCGAAUCGUGCGCUGCUGGAGGAGGCGCUGGCCCGGUAUCCCUGCGUGGAUGUUAUCGGGACGACGCCGUACGUGGAGGCGAGUGGGGAGGCGGCGAGGCGGAAUAUCGACUGGGCGGUGACGCAGGCCUUGCGGUUGGGCAAGCAUGUGGAUUUCCAUCUGGAUUAUAAUCUAGAUCGCGAGAGGGAAGCCCUCGUAUGGUAUGUCUUGGACGUGCUGCGGAGGAAUCGGUGGACGGCCAACACGACCGACAAACGGGUGAUGUUGGGCCACUGUACGCGACUGACGCUGUUUAACCAUGAGGAAUGGAGCCGGCUGGCGGAUGAGAUCCGUCGGGAUAAUCUCCCCGUGAGCUUUGUUGGGUUGCCGACGAGCGAUCUGUAUAUGGCUGCGCAGCCUGGCAGUGGGGAUGAUGGCCCAAGCAAUGGCCAGCCAAGGGGUACCCUGCCAGUCCCCGAGAUGAUCCGCAAGUACAACCUGGACGCCGUCAUUGGGGUGAAUAAUGUAGGAAAUGCGUUUACGCCGUGGGGGUCGCUGGAUCCAUUGUCGCUGGCUUGCUUGGGGGUGGGUAUUUAUCAGGCAGGCACGCAGGCGGACGCGACAUUGCUGUACGAGUGCGUCUCAACACGAGCCCGCGCGGCCAUUGGCUUGUCAUCGUCAUCGUCAUCUGGUCUAGCCCUGAAAGACGGUGAUCCCGACGAAAUGUUGUUGUUUUCCUGUAUGGAUGAUGCCGGCUGCGCCAUGCCCAGGCCACGAACGCGAGUUGCGGAUGUCGUAUGGGACCCGCCUGCCCGAGUGAGCAGGAGCGUUGUCAUAAGAGGUGCUAUGAAGAUGAUUCCGAAGUCAUUGUUGUUGUGA